AUGGAAAGGAGACCAGGUGUUCACAGUGCCAGUGAGACCGAGGAGAAGCCUAUGAAAUUUCUGAUAGCAGUAGAUUUUGGCACCACCUUUUCUGGCGUGGCUUAUACACUCGUGAACGCCGGAGAGCCUCAGAAAGAAAGUCUGGUCACGGACUGGGGAGAGGGGCUUACUGGUGAUAAAGUCCCAAGCAUCCUCAGAUACGAACAUGGCGCCACUGUCAACUCUGUAUCCUGGGGUUUCGAAGCUGACCGAAGAAGAAAACCCGGGGAGAAAAUACACGAAUGGUUCAAACUGGGCCUUUGUCCAGAAAUUGAGCAUUCCCUUGCCCUCGGUUCCGAUCUCUUGAGGAGGUACCCAAGCAAGACGGCUCUACCUCCACUGGACCCUGACCAAUGCAAGAAACUGGUCAUCAGGUAUCUUCAGGGAGUCAAGUCUGCAAUUGAUCGGUUGUUUGAACAGCGAGUAGGGGAGAUCUACAAUCUGCCCCGAGAAUACAUCAUUACCGUGCCUGCCAUGUGGAGCCACGGGGCACAAGAAGCGAUGCGGGAAUGCGCAGCAGAGGCAUUUCUAGGAGACCCUAGCGAGAAGGAAGAGCUUUCCAUGAUCGCGGAGCCCGAGGCAGCGGGGAUAUAUGCUCUGUCUGAAAUGUUUGACAUUGGUCUCGAGGCUGGCGACACGUUUGUGAUUUGCGAUGCCGGUGGCGGCACUGUCGACUUGUCUUCGUAUGAAAUCUUGUCAAAGGACAGCUACAUUGCUCUGAAGCGCGUCGCAGGCACCCCCGGCGAGCUUUGCGGCAGUUGUUUCAUCAACAGAAUCUUCGAAGACUAUUUGAUGAGUAGGAGCCAGCUACGACAUAUAGACUGGAACAGCAAGAACGGCCUGCAGCUUCUAAAGUCGGCCGUGGGCGACUUUGAACGAGGAAUCAAGCCGCAGUUCACGGGGCUGAACACCAGUGGUGCACUGUACCUCAACACACCGUUUCCCAGCGCUGGUCCUCGGGGUGCCGAGUUUACACUGAUAGAGAUUCCGGUGGAUGAGCUGCGCAAACAGGUAUUCGACCCGGUGGUAUCCAAGAUUUGCAGGCUCGUACGCCAUCAAGUUGACAGCACUAUUCGACCGACGAGAAAGGUGAAGAAGGUUCUUCUUGCCGGGGGCUUCGGGCAAAACGCCUACCUGAAGCGGGAAAUUGAGAAGACAGUCGGAGAGACGAUCAAAGUUCAGAAAAUCGAUAACAGCCGCACAGCCAUCGUCAGGGGCGCGUUGAUGGCCGGGUUGGCCAAAAUAGACAACCCUCAACGGCACGCCGCAUGGCAAGACGGCGACAAAAAGAACGAACAGGGACGAGGAAGGAUCUUUGAGCGCAACGUUCCACGAGUAAUGGUCAGGGAGGCCCCUUGCCACUACGGGACUCGUAUCUUCCGGCAAGAAAAGUCGAACGCUUCAGCGCAACAGAACGGCAUCAACCCAAAUAUCGGACGCUCUCGACCUCGAGAAGUUGAGGUCAUGAGGUGGUUUGUCAACAAGGGUGACGAGAUCUACGACGGCGAGCCGAAACACUUUGAGCUCCAGUAUAAAGCCAACAUUGCUCUAGGAGAGCAUCCGCCCAAGAUCAUUUGCGACGUGUACUCUUCCAAGGCUGACAAUCCUCCUCCGCGCCCGCACACGAGUAGACACCCAGUUCCAGGUCUUGAAAAGCCGCUCGCGACCGUUUGCAUGGACCUAGACACGAUACCCGAAGAGUCGCUCCACUGCAGAGUUUUUCGCGGACGAAAAUACUAUGAUGUUGCAUUCGAUGUUUAUAUGACAUUGAACUCUGCAGAGCUGACAUUCGUGCUUGGUCGGGGUGCGGAGAGGUAUAAGCCGGCAAAAGUGACUGUGAAUGAGACGGAAUGGGGUUUGUAA